GUAGAGAAAGUAAAAAAACACGAGAGAGAGAGAGAGAGAGAGAGAAUGGCGAAACGUUUCAAGCUCCGAAUCUCUCGAGUAUUACCAUCCUUCCAAUCGUGCCGCUCCAAGGAGCUCCCAGAAAAUCCUCUUCCCGCCAUCUUUCACCUCUCCCCCGUCAAUCCCAAGGCCUUCGAUCUCAACUUCCCGGCCCCACCACCACCCACUCCUCCCUCUCUCAAGCGCCACGUGUCAUCCGCCAUCGUCUCCAUCGGCUGCGGCUGCCCUUCCAAAUCCAACCGUCCGAUCCUCACUAACUCCCCAUCCGCGGACUUCCAAUGGCAGAAGGACGAGAAAUGGCACGUCAUCGCCAAAGUCCCCAACCGUCGCCACAAGAUCUCCACCAUCGAUUCCUCCGACGACUCCUCCUUCCCUUCCGCCACGACUGACGGCACUAGAAACGGUAGGGAGAAAAGCAAAAGCCGGAUGAAAAAGCUCAAGAAAAAGAAGAAGAAGAAGAAGAGCCGCUCCAAUGUAAGGAUCAGCACCUCCUCAUUCGACCACAGCGGUUGGUUCAGCAGCACCGAAAAAGAGGACGGAUUCUACCACAACGAAUAUGGUGAAACCGAGACGCUCGUCUCAUCUUCUAGAAGCUUCUCAGAUGAUUCCUUCUCGGACUUCAGCUCCAAUUUAAAAACGAUACAGGAGCGGAAACCGCCGCAGAAGGGCUUCAAGAGGGUAAAACCCCUCAAGAAGAAGAGCGGCAAUAUACAGACUUUUCCGACGCCGGAAACUGACUCGCCGGGGAGAUUGUCAGUUUUCCGGCGGUUGGUGCCGUGCGGUGUGGAGGGGAAGGUGAGAGAGAGCUUUGCGGUGGUGAAGAGGUCGGAUGAUCCGUACGGAGAUUUCAGGCGGUCGAUGCUGGAGAUGAUUCUGGAGAAGGAGAUGUACGACAAGGGGGAUCUGGAGCAGCUCCUGCACUGCUUCCUGUCCUUGAAUUCGCAGGCCCACCACCGCGUGAUUGUAGAGGCGUUUUCCGAGAUUUGGGAAAUCCUCUUCUGCAAGUCGUCCAGGAACGGCUUUUCCCAUGUGGGCCUUUGAAGCUGACGGUGCAGAUUACACAAAAGGAGAGAAACGGGAAUAAGUAAUAGAAAAAAAAGAAAAAAACUGGUAGUCCUCGGAUUACUGAAGUGAAAAUCCGCCUUAGGCAAUACCACAGGGAGGCCAUGGCCGGUGCUAUUUCCUGUAGGGAAGAUCCUAACCAUUCAUUCCAUGGAAGAGGUUGACUAUUAGAGAUUUUUUAUAUGUUAGAAAUCGAGUGGGUGGGAUCGUUUGUAGCAGUUCAUGCUUAUCCCAUGGCCUAAUCAUGGUGGGGCUACCUCUUGAACGGUUCCGAUCACUAGUGGACUAUGUAUGAAUUCUAUUCACUUCAGUAAUCCGCGGACUACGAGAGCAGGCCUCGGUGGAAAUAAUCGGUGGCUUCUUUUAUUUGGUUUUUCUCCCGUUGUAUGAAGAUUAUAAGUGUAUUAAUGUGAUGACGUUUGCUAACUACA